GGGGUCGAUAUUACAGAAUUGUGACACUAUCAGUGUAUCGAUGUCAGACGGUCAGUUCUGAGGGAGGGCUACGCUGUUGGAGGGUCAAUAUUGAGUGUGUGCGCGACACUCAGAUGAUCACUUUGUUGGAGUUCUGCACUGUAACGGAGUGCCACACUGGCAGCGGGUUAAUAUUAAGGGAGUGCUGCACUGUCAGAGGGUGAAAGAUGAGGGAGGGCUUCUCCUUGUGGGGGUGGGUAUGAAAGAGAACCUCCCGUUCGGGGAUCAAUAUUAAUGUUGUAGAGUCAGUAGAGAGGCAGUGCUGCACUGUGGAGGGUCAAUAAGAAGCAUGUAGCUCCACUGGCAAGGUGCCAAUGAUGACAGAAUGCUGCACUGCCAGAGCAUCAGCAAUGAGGGAAAACUGUUUUGUCAGAGUGCCUUCGUCAAGAAAGUGCCACUCUGUCGGAAGGCCAAUAUUAAGGGAGUGCUGCACUGUCACAGGAUCAAUAUUAGGGGUAUACUGCACUAACAGAGGGUCAGUGUUGAUUGAAUGCUUGACUGUUGCAGAGCCAGGACUGAGGGAAUCCUGCAUCGUUACGGUGUCAUCAUUGAGGGAGUGCUGCACUGUUGAAGGGCCGAUAGUAAGGGAGUGUGACACUGUCAGAGUGUCAUUACCAAAGGUGGGCUACAGUAUCAAAGGUACCACGCUGAGUAUUGUUGUCCCGAUAGUUCUUUCGUAUCAGUCCGUGUGUAUUCCUGGGCGAAUGUGCUCGUGUGGUCUCAGGAGUUGCGGAGGUCACGGCUCUGGGACAGCCGUUUCAUCGCCCUAUGCUGCAGAACCUACCCCGGAAGAGAGAGCCCAGAGAAUUGCCAAAGCUGUCCGCAAACAGUCAACAGAAGUGAAGGAAAAUUGGGAGCAAUUGAAAACCCGUGCGAGCAACUGGCAGAAACAGGUGGAAAAGGCGUUGGAGAAACUUCAAGAACUGCAGAAAGCGCUGGAUGAUCUUGAGGCUCAUGUGAUAACAGCUGAGGGGGUCCACACUGAUUGGCAACCUGUGGGUGACCUGCUUCUUGACUCAUUGCAGGAUCACAUUGAUAAAACCACAGGUGAGGACUAUCUGCAAAAUCUGAGAUUGGGUUUUGAAAGACAGCAGCCUUUGUUUUGGAGAGAUAAUGGGAACUGCAGAUGCUGGAGAAUGCGAGAUAACACCGUGUGGAACUGGAUGAAGACAGCAGGCCAAGCAGCAUCUCAGGAGCACAAAAGCUGACGUUUCGGGCCGAGAACCUUCUUCAGAAAAUGGGGAGGGGGUGCGGGUUCUGGAAUAAAUAGGGAGAGAGGGGGAGGCGGAUGGAAGAUGGAUGGAGGAGAAGAUAGGUGGAGAGGAGAGUAUGGGUAGGGAGGCAGGGAGGGGAUAGGUCAGUCUGGGGAGGCCAGACAGGUCAAGGGAGCGGGAUGAGGGGAAAUAGGGGUGCGGCAUGAGGUGGGAGGGGGGAUGGGUGAGAGGAAGAAUAGGUUUGGGAGGCAGGGACGAGCUGGGCUGGUUUUGGGAUGCAGUGGCAGGACAGGAGAUUUGGAAGCUUGUGAAAUCCACACUGAUACCAUUGGGCUGCAGGGUUCCCAAGCAGAAUAUGAGUUGCUGUUCCUGCAACCUUCGGGUGGCGUCAUUAUGGCACUGCAGGAGGUCCAGGUUGGACAUGUCCUCUCAGGAAUGGGAGGGGGGAGUUGAAAUGGUUCGUGACUGGGAGGUGCAGUUGUUUAUUGCAAACUGAGCGUAGGUGUUCUGAAAAGCGGCCCCCAAGCCUCUGCAUCGUUUCCCCAAUGUGGAGGAAGCCACAACGGGGACAGCGGAUGUUUUGGAUAUUUCUUAAGCAUUGAUUUUCAUUCAGAGUUGGUUGGAUUUUGCUGAAGCAAUAGACAUAACUCACUAUGACAUAGACAAUGUCAGAGUUAAUGUUUCGCGUCCUGUGACCCUUCCUCAGAUCUCACUCUUCACUGAUGCUGCCAGACCUGCUGAGCUUUUCCAGCAACUUCUGCUUUUGUUGCUGAUUUACAGUGCCCACAGUUAGAACAUAGAACAGUACAGCACAGAAAAGGCCCUUCAGCCCACAAUGUUGUGCCGACCAUUGAUCCUCAUGUAUGCACCCUCAAAUUUCUGUGACCAUAUACAUGUCCAGCAGUCUCUCAAAUGACCCCAAUGACCUUGCUUCCACAACUGCUGCUGGCAACGCAUUCCAUGCUCUCACAACUCUCUGCGUAAAGAACCUGCCUCUGACAUCCCCUCUUUCCUUUCCACCAACCAGCUUAAAACUAUGACCCCUCGUGCUAGCCAUUUCUGCCCUGGGAAAUAGUCUCUGGCUAUCAACUCUAUCUAUGCCUCUCGUUAUCUUGUAUACCUCAAUUAGGUCCCCUCUCCUCCUCCUUUUCUCCCAUGAAAAGAGACCGAGCUCAGUCAACCUCUCUUCAUAAGAUAAGCCCUCCAGUCCAGGCAGCAUCCUGGUAAACCUCCUCUGAACCCUCUCCAAAGCAUCCACAUCUUUCCUAUAAUAGGGCGCCCAGAACUGGACGCAGUAUUCCAAGUGCGGUCUAACCAAAGUUUUAUAGAGCUGCAACAAGAUCUCACGACUCUGAAACUCAAUCCCCCUGUAACUGAAAGCCAAAACACCAUAUGCUUUCUUAACAACCCUGUCCACUUGGGUGGCCAUUUUAAGGGAUCUAUGUAUCUGCACACCAAGAUCCCUCUGUUCCUCCACGCUGCCAAGAAUCCUAUCCUUAAUCCUGUACUCAGCUUUCAAAUUCGACCUUCCAAAAUGCAUCACCUCGCAUUUAUCCAGGUUGAACUCCAUCUGCCACCUCUCAGCCCAUCUCUGCAUCCUGUCAAUGUCCCGCUGCAGCCUACAGCAGCCCUCUACACUGCCAACGACACCUCCGACCUUUGUGUCGUCUGCGAACUUGCUGACCCAUCCUUCAAUUCCCUCGUCCAAGUCAUUAAUAAAAAUUACAAACAGUAGAGGCCCAAGGACAGAGCCCUGUGGAACUCCACUCACCACUGACUUCCAGGCAGAAUAUUUUCCUUCUACUACCACUCGCUGUCUUCUGUUGGCCAGCCAAUUCUGUAUCCAAGCAGCUAAGUUCCCCUGUAUCCCAUUCCUCCUGACCUUCUGAAUGAGCCUACCAUGGGGAACCUUAUCAAAUGCCUUACUGAAGUCCAUAUACACCACAUCCACAGCUCGACCCUCAUCAACCUUUCUAGUCACAUCCUCAAAAAACUCGAUAAGGUUUGUAAGGCAUGACCUACCCCUCACAAAGCCAUGUUGACUGUAUUUGAUCAAACCAUGCUCUUCCAGAUGGUCAUAAAUCUUAUCCCUCAGAAUCCUUUCUAACACCUUGCAGACGACAGACGUGAGACUUAGCGGUCUAUAAUUGCCAGGGAUUUCCCUAUUUCCUUUCUUGAAGAGAGGAAUUACAUUUGCCUCUCUCCAGUCCUCAGGUACGACUCCAGUGGAGAGCGAGGAUGCAAAGAUCUUCGCAAGUGGCGAAGCAAUUGCAUUUCUCGCUUCCCAAAGCAGCCGAGGACAAAUCUGAGCCGGGCCUGGCGACUUGUCAAUCUUAAUGUUUGACAAAAUUUUCAGCACAUCAGCUUCGUCUAUCUCUAUCCAUUCCAGCAUGCACACCUGCUCUUCAAAGGUUUCAUUCACUACAAAGUUCGUUUCUUUCGUAAAGACAGAAGCAAAAAACUCAUUUAGGGCUUCCCCUCCCUCCUCAGGCUCCACACACAAGUUCCCUAUGCCAUCCCUGAUCGGCCCUAUGACGCAGGCAAAACUCUAUCUCUGCAGGUAGCAUGAUGCUGUGUUCUCAAACUUCCCUGCCUUUUUGUAAUAUAAUAUUGUCUUUUUAGGACAGAAGUGGCUUUUUUUUGUUUGUUUUAACUUCUGCACAUACUUUCUAUGCAUGUUAAAAUUCUACACCUUUUCAGUUCACUGCAGUGCUGCAUAAUGAAGACUUGGAACAAUUUUUUUUAUAAAGUAGAAAAUCAGUGUGGUUUGUUUUCCAAAAUGUGAUGUGUAAGUGCAACACUUAACAGUGUGUUCAUCAAACUAUUGUUUCCUUUGAUCUUUGUGUUGCAGAAAUUUCUAGAAUCAUUUCAUAUAUAUUUUUCUUGAUAUAUUUUAGCAGCUUUCCUGGAGCAAGUCUGGUUUCCUUCGGAUGAGACGACUUUCAGACAUACUCGCUUUAUUAUGAGAUUUAAUUGCGGUAAAAUGAGGAGGAUUUUUAUUCACUGAGACACACGUGACUAUAUGUUUAAAGCAUUGGAAAAUGCGUUCUGUUCGGACUGUCAUGUUAUCUGGUGUUUGUACCAGGCUUUCCGAUUAAAUGCAAGUGAUUAAGGAU